CGCCAAUCGUCGGCAGUCUCGCGCGAACCAUCGGCUCGAGCGGCGGCUUCUCGUGCAGUGCCGGAUCCUCGUUAUUACAAUAAGUGUUCCCCGUACGUGGUCAGCAUUCGAAAAGUCUCGACUUCUGUGUGAUAAUUAUUUAAAGUUAGUAAUUGACUAAAUCGAAGUUUUCCAUCGACGCUGAAGAGAUUUUUUUUCUUCAAUAAGCAAGAGAUUGUAAUUACUGCUCAUGGUUUGCACAUGAUAUGACCCAGUCCCGCGAGGUUUUGGCAAUGAUGGACGCGCACACGACAACGUUCGGACGUAAAAGGGGUUGCACGGUGUCGCCCUGCGGCGCAUUCCUUUUGGCCGCCGCCUUCAUCAUAUCGCUGGUAGUGACCGGGCUGCUGGUCUAUCAUCUCGCGCCGUGCCUCGAGGAGAAAUGCGCCGGUGAUCUAAGCAGCCCGGCGUUCGAGGCCCGCGGCGUGUUCACUGGGAACGCGUUCGGCAAGAAACGGCUCGACGUACGGCUACCGAGAUCCGUAGUUCCCGACUUGUACGAGCUCAGGCUGACACCGUUUAUACAACCCGGAAACUUCACUUUCCAUGGCGAGGUACGAAACGCUUCUUCUUCCUCCCAGAUUUUUUUGUAUUCUCAGACGAGAACUUUCUCACCGACACGACCGUGACACGUGUCUGUUAAC